AUGUCUUCAGAGAGUGAAAACACUGAUAGUACUAGUGAUGAUGAAAUUGUGUUACAUAAGCCAGUUUUUUUAAAAAAGAAAAGAUUAAACAUUAAAAGUAACGAGCCCAAUGUUACUCAUCCUGAUAAUAUUACCAUUGAAGAAAAAAUAUCAGAGGCUCACAAGCAUAUGGAAAAACAAAAAAUACUGGCCAAUACUAAUAAUGUUCCGAAAAUAGUUCAUUUAUUGAUCCAACUGGAAGAAAAAGAAGAAUCAGAUUUAAAAAAAGAUGAACAUUGUUUAUGGCUGGAAAGAAAAGCCAAGAGAUGGGGGAUAAAGAAGCAGCAAUUAAUCAAAGAGCAAAUGGAAAUAGAAUCUAAGGAGGAGAAUAGAUUGAAAAAUUCCUAUUAUUACAAUAAAGACGAUUUUAUGAUAGGACAUGAAUUAUAA